UUAGAGCUAGCUAGCUAGUUCCAAAUCGUACCUCCCCAAAAUAUGGUUGCAAGUACAUAUAGAGCUAGCUGGUACAAAAUUAAUAUAAGAAACUUGAAAUUAAGAUGUCGAUCGAGGAGAAGAUCGAAAUUAAGAUGUCGAUCGAGCGAAGCAUCAUAAUUGGAUGUCUCCGGAAGUGUUCAUAUAGUUUGAAUGAAAACAGAAAUGAGGAAAGAAAUCCAGAAAGAAACUCCACCUCUCCAUGGAAGGAUGGAUUAUCUGUCAAGAUGCAUGUAUGGGGGGGCGUAAGUGUAGUGAAACCCUUGUGAAUUAAUAUCCAGACUGUGUUGUCAACAAACCCUGGUUUUACAGUGAAAGCGCCAAUGAAGAUUUCGUCAUGGCAAGCGUUAAAAACCACACCUGGCAUCAACAAUUGGAUGGUUGUAGAACAACUAACGGUGGGUUUUGUUAAUGCAUUAAUAAUUUAACUUGCUCUCAUCAGGUACGUUACGUACGUUCAUCUCCAGAAACCAGUCUACUGCUCUCAAUUAAUUAUUUAUUUAUAUUGUGUGUAUAAAUAUAUCAGCUCAGCUGGUUCAUAUUCAGUUGAGUGAGUCUCAGUAUAGUGAGGAGGAGAACUAAGAGAUAAUCAAAUCGCGGAGGAGGUGAUUCCGAUCAUGGAGGAUGAGAAUAACAACAAUAAUAGUAAUAGUAAUCAUAAUAAUAUUAGUGUGUCGGUGGUGAUUGUAGGAGCUGGUCCUUCUGGCAUUGCUACCUCCGCCUUGCUCAAUUCUCUGUCAGUUUCAAAUCUUGUGCUUGAGAAGGAAGACUGUUGUGGGUCCCUGUGGAAGAAGAGGUCCUACGACCGUCUGAAUCUUCACUUGGCAAAGAGCUUCUGCAGUUUGCCGAUGAUGCCCCAUCCCUUCCGAACCUCCAUUUUCAUGUCGAAAGACGACUUUAUUCGUUACCUGGACGAGUACGUGGCCAGGUUCAACGUGAACCCUCGCUACUGCCAUGACGUGGAGGAGGCUGUUUACGAUGAAGUGGAAGGUAAGUGGACGGUGACAGUGAAAGGCACCGCUUCCGGGACGGUGAAUGAGAUCUCAUCGGAUUUCUUGGUGGUUGCAACUGGAGAAAAUAGCCAGCCUUUUCUCCCCAGCGACUUGCCUGGGAUGGAGACCUUCAAAGGAAAGGUUGUUCAUUCCAGUGACUACAAAAACGGGGCCGUUUUUAAAGAUGAAGAGGUUUUGGUAAUUGGCUGUGGCAAUUCUGGGAUGGAAAUCAGCAAAGAUCUUGCAGACAAUGGAGCACGUACGUCCAUUGUUGUUAGAAGCCAAAUUCAUGUGCUGAGCAAAGAAAUGGUUGGCAUUGGCAUGCUUCUGUUGAAUUACCUCCCACUGAAAAUAGUGGACAAGUUUGUGUCACUGCUUGCCAAGUUCAGGUACAGUGAUUUGUCCAGCUAUGGCAUUCAUCGCCCAGUUGAAGGGCCAUUUCUCUUUAAAGCACUCACUGGAAAGACUCCAGUAAUUGAUCGUGGAACCAUCAAGAAAAUUCGCUCCAAAAAGAUUCAGGUUUUUCCAGAUAUAGUGAGUAUAAAGCAGAACACUGUGGAAUUCAAAAAUGGUAAACGACGGUGUUUUGAUGCUAUUGUGUUGGCAACUGGUUACAAAAGCGUAGCACAUAAAUGGUUAAAGGACUACAAGUUCCUUCUUACAGAUGAUGGAAAGCCUAAAGGGAAGUACCCAAACCACUGGAAGGGCGAGAAGGGUGUUUAUUGUGUUGGAUUAACAGGGAAGGGACUGCCAGGGAUUUUCAAAGAUUCAAAGGCUGUAACUGAAGACAUCUAUCAACUUACAUUAAUGGCACAAAAGUAAUUAAUGUGCAUUCCAUGGGUACUAGUAUUGCAAGUAUGCAGACACGGGCAAGCUUGUACCAUACUAUUAUCCUACCUAUAAUGUGUAUUUGUGUGUCGUAUAAGACAUAAAUCACUCUGUAUGAAUCCCGAGCCUUUGCGUUUAUAGUUGGUGCAUUUUCCCGCAUGUCACUUUGUUCGUCGUGUUUUGAACACUGUAAUGCCCAUGGUUUCUAGCACACUGUACUUGUAAGCCCCGACAUGUUUAGUUAAGAUUUUUCCUCA